CUAUCGUCACCUUUUUUGCUUCUUUUCUUUUCUUAUUCUUGCUCGUCCUUUUGCCGCCCUUUUUUCUCUUUUCUUCGUUCUCCCCUUCUUGACUCUGACUCUGCUCUACCCUCCCUCUUCACCCUCUCCUCCUCCUCCCUCUUCUUGUCUCGCACCGAAGUCACUCGUUGUGUGUACUCGACCUUUCGCUCUUUUUUUUCUUUUCUUCUUGUUCUUCUUCCUCUCUCUGCUGGUUGGAAGAGUGAGUGUCGACUGCUCGCUCAGGUGGUUCGUUCUUGCUACCGACGAAAGAAAAAGAAGUUGAGGAGAAAAAAAAAGGACGACAUCAAACACUUCAAACCGCCAGCAUCUCGAGCAUAUAUUUCACGACAUCAAACAAAAGACGCGAAGACAUAGAGGAAAGACGUCAGAGAAACGAUUCUUCACGCUCAAUCGCUAGUUUAGACUCGGUUUCUUCGGUUUCUUGAUUUUUGUGUUAGCGGGCUUGUUUCAUUUGCACCCUCACGAUUGUCACGUCACGACUGCAUAUCCAACGCCCACAAAGAACUUCUCUCGACGCUGCAUCAAAUCAACUGCAUGGAUUCGUGUUAAGGUGAGUGCUCAUCCCCUUUGUGCUUGUCUGUGUCUGGGUAAGUAUGGAAACUUGGGCUGACGGGUGCAGUGAUUGUGUGAAUUGACAGACCAUCGCACGAUGUCCGGCCACCCGCACCCCCAGGCGGUCCAGCAAGACCAUUAUGACGAUGGCUACAACGGCCACGGACAUGGUCACGGCGACUCCUACUACCAGGAUCAGCAUGGAGGAGCCUAUUACGACCAAUAUGAUUACCCCCAGGGCCAGCACCAGCAGGGUGAUGGCUACUACGACAGAGCGUAAGCACACACUCUCCCCUCCCACCGUAAACCUCAAGUUACCCUCCCCAUGUUUGAAUUAGUCGGGUCAUUAAUUGAAAUGGCGUUGCUCCAAGUGAUUAUUACAGUGGUGAUCAGCACUAUCCUCAGGAUGGCUACUAUGACAACAACCAGCAGUACUACCAGGAUGACUACUAUGACAACCAGUACUAUGACCAGGGAGCUGGAGACCACAACCAGGGCCGUGGAAGACGCCGUCCCCAUGACUCCGAGGAGGACUCGGAGACUUUCAGUGACUUUACCAUGAGGUCUGAUGCCCGUGGUGGUGAUGGUGAUUACUACGGCCGUGGUGACGAACGGUACAACAGCUACAGCGAGAGCCAGAUGGGUGGCCGAGGAUACCGACCUCCAUCCUCUCAGAUCUCCUACGGAAACCGAUCUUCUGGAGCUGCUACUCCCAUCUACGGAACCGAUGCUCUUCCCAUGGGUCAACGAUCCCGCGAGCCCUAUCCCGCAUGGACUUCUGACGCUCAGAUCCCACUCUCCAAGGAGGAGAUCGAGGAGAUCUUCUUGGACCUCGUCAACAAGUUUGGUUUCCAGCGGGACAGCAUGCGUAACAUGUACGAUCACUUCAUGGUGCAGCUCGACUCUCGAGCCUCUCGUAUGACUCCCAACCAGGCUCUGCUUUCUCUCCACGCCGACUACAUUGGCGGUGAGAAUGCUAAUUACCGCCGUUGGUACUUUGCUGCCCACCUCGACCUCGAUGACGCCGUUGGAUUUGCCAACAUGAAACUUGGAAAGACCAACAGACGUACUCGCAAAGCCAGAAAGGCCGCCAAGAAGAAGGCCGGUGAGGAGCAAAAGGACGAGGCAGAGACGCUCGAGUCCCUAGAAGGCGACAACAGUCUCGAGGCAGCCGAGUACAGAUGGAAGACCCGGAUGAACCGCAUGUCUCAGCACGACAGAGCUCGCCAAGUCGCCUUGUACCUGCUCUGCUGGGGUGAAGCUAACCAGACCAGAUUCAUGCCGGAGUGUCUCUGCUUCAUCUUCAAGUGUGCUGACGACUACCUCCGCUCCCCCGAGUGCCAGAAUCGUGUCGAACCCGUUCCGGAAUUCACUUACCUUAACGAGAUCAUCACUCCACUGUACCAGUAUUGCCGUGACCAGGGUUACGAGAUUGUCGACGGUAAGUAUGUCCGUCGCGAACGUGACCACGCUCAGAUUAUUGGCUAUGACGACUGCAACCAGCUCUUCUGGUACCCAGAAGGUAUCGAGCGUAUCGUUCUCGAGGACAAAACCCGCCUCGUUGAUGUUCCUCCAGCUGAGCGAUGGAACAAGCUCAAAGAUGUCAACUGGAAGAAGUGUUUCUUCAAGACCUACAAGGAAACUCGCUCCUGGUUCCACAUGGUUGUCAACUUCAACCGUAUUUGGAUCAUCCAUGUUACUGCUUUCUGGUUCUACACUGCCUACAACUCCCAGACUCUCUACACCAAGAAUUAUACUCAGCAAGGCAACGAGUCCCCGCCAGCGGCCGCCGUCUGGUCCGCCGUUGGUCUCGGUGGUGCCAUUGCUGCUUUCAUCAACGUCUGGGCUACUCUCGCUGAAUGGUGCUAUGUUCCUCGUCAAUGGGCUGGUGCGCAGCAUCUGUCGAAACGUCUUCUCUUCCUGCUUGCUGUGUUUGUUGUCAACCUGGGACCCAGCGUCUAUGUUUUCUUCGUCAGUCAGGACGCAGGAAAGGACAAGAUUGCUCUUGCUCUUGGAAUUGCACAGUUCUUCAUUGCCUUGAUUACGUUCAUCUUCUUCUCGGUCAUGCCGCUUGGUGGUCUUUUCGGAAGUUACCUUAAGCGAAACUCCCGGCAGUAUGUUGCCAGUCAGACAUUUACUGCCAGUUAUCCUCGACUCCGAGGCAAUGACCGAUGGAUGUCUUACGGAUUGUGGGUUUGCGUUUUCGGAGCUAAGCUGGGAGAGUCUUACGUCUUCCUGACUCUUUCGCUCAAGGAUCCUAUUCGAAUUUUGUCCAACACCCGUAUCGGUAUCUGUCAUGGUGACGCGAUUUUGAAGGACAUUCUUUGCAAGUACCAGCCAAAGAUUCUGCUCGGACUCAUGUUCUUCACCGAUCUAGUCCUCUUUUUCUUGGAUACCUAUCUGUGGUACAUUAUCCUCAACGCCAUCUUCUCCGUUGCCAGAUCCUUUUACCUUGGCGUUUCCAUCUGGACUCCAUGGAGGAAUAUCUUCUCUCGCCUGCCAAAGCGUAUCUACUCCAAGGUUCUUGCUACCACUGACAUGGAAAUCAAGUACAAGCCCAAGGUCCUUAUCUCUCAGGUGUGGAACGCAGUUGUCAUCUCUAUGUACCGUGAACAUCUCUUGGCUAUCGACCACGUUCAAAAGCUCCUCUAUCAUCAGGUUCCAUCCGAGCAAGAAGGAAAGCGUACCCUUCGUGCGCCAACUUUCUUCGUCUCUCAAGAAGAUCACUCCUUCAAGACUGAGUUCUUCCCGCCUCUUAGCGAAGCCGAGCGUCGUAUCUCCUUCUUUGCCCAGUCUCUGUCUACUCCAAUCCCAGAGCCGGUGCCUGUUGACAACAUGCCAACCUUCACUGUCCUAAUUCCCCACUACAGUGAAAAGAUUCUCUUGUCCCUGCGUGAGAUUAUCCGUGAAGAUGAGCCAUACUCCCGUGUCACUCUGUUGGAAUACCUUAAACAGCUUCACCCACACGAAUGGGACUGCUUCGUCAAAGAUACCAAGAUUCUGGCUGAUGAGACUUCCCAGUUUAACGGAGAUGAUGAGAAGAAUGCAAAGGACGCCCAGAAGAGCAAGAUUAAUGACCUUCCGUUCUACUGCAUUGGUUUUAAAUCUGCUGCUCCCGAGUACACUCUCCGUACCCGUAUUUGGGCUUCCCUCCGUUCUCAGACUUUGUACCGUACCAUUUCUGGAUUCAUGAACUACAGCCGUGCUAUCAAAUUGCUCUACCGUGUUGAGAACCCGGAGGUUGUCCAAAUGUUUGGCGGUAACUCUGACAAAUUGGAACGUGAAUUGGAACGCAUGGCCCGCCGCAAGUUCAAGAUUUGUGUUUCCAUGCAGCGAUUCGCCAAGUUCAACAAAGAAGAACGUGAAAACACUGAAUUCUUGCUCCGUGCCUACCCCGACCUUCAGAUCGCUUAUCUUGACGAAGAACCUCCAGUGAAUGAGGGUGAGGAACCCCGACUGUUCUCAGCCCUCAUCGAUGGACACUCUGAAAUCUUGGAGAACGGCCUUCGACGACCAAAGUUCAGAGUCCAGCUUUCUGGUAACCCAAUUCUUGGUGACGGAAAGUCUGACAACCAGAACCAUGCCAUCAUCUUCUACCGCGGUGAAUAUAUUCAGCUUAUCGACGCUAACCAGGACAACUACUUGGAAGAAUGCUUGAAGAUUCGAAGUGUGCUUGCUGAGUUCGAGGAAAUGACCACUGAAAACAUCUCUCCAUACACUCCAGGUCUUCCACCAGUGAACUUUGACCCUGUUGCCAUUCUUGGAGCUCGUGAAUACAUUUUCUCUGAGAACAUUGGUAUACUCGGUGACGUUGCUGCCGGAAAGGAACAGACAUUCGGUACUCUCUUCGCUCGUACUCUCGCUCAGAUUGGUGGCAAGCUUCACUACGGACAUCCUGAUUUCCUUAACGCUAUCUUUAUGAAUACUCGUGGUGGUGUCUCCAAAGCUCAAAAGGGUCUGCAUCUUAACGAGGAUAUUUACGCCGGUAUGAAUGCUCUGCUCCGUGGUGGCCGUAUCAAGCACUGUGAAUACUACCAGUGUGGUAAGGGUCGUGAUCUUGGAUUUGGCUCUAUUCUUAACUUCACCACCAAAAUCGGAACUGGUAUGGGUGAACAGAUGCUUUCUCGUGAAUACUACUACCUAGGAACCCAAUUGCCGCUCGACAGAUUCUUGUCCUUCUUCUAUGCCCAUCCUGGUUUCCACAUCAAUAACAUCUUCAUUAUUUUGUCUGUGCAGCUCUUCAUGAUCUGUCUUAUUAACCUCGGAGCCUUGAGACAUGAGACUAUUCUUUGCCAGGUUAAGAAGGGUGUUCCAAUUACUGACGAACUGAUGCCAACUGGAUGUGCUGAUCUCAACCCCAUCAAGGACUGGGUCAACCGUUGUAUCUUGUCUAUUUGCAUCGUUUUCCUGCUAUCCUUCUUGCCGCUGGUUGUUCAAGAAUUGACUGAGCGUGGUUUCUGGAGAGCCGCUACCCGUUUGGCUAAGCACUUCGGAUCCUUCUCUCCUCUUUUCGAAGUGUUCGUGUGUCAGAUCUACGCCAACUCUCUUCACAACAACUUGUCGUUCGGUGGUGCCCGAUAUAUUGGUACUGGUCGUGGUUUUGCUACCGCUCGUAUUCCGUUCGGUAUUCUUUACUCGCGUUUCGCUGGUCCAUCCAUCUACCUUGGUGCACGAUCGCUGAUGAUGCUUCUAUUCGCAACUGCCACCGUCUGGCUUCCUGGCUUGUUGUACUUUUGGGUAUCGCUCCUUGCUCUCUGCAUUUCGCCCUUCUUGUUCAACCCUCACCAGUUCUCUUGGAAUGAUUUCUUCAUUGAUUACCGUGAUUAUUUGAGAUGGCUGUCUCGUGGUAACUCGCGUUCCCAUGCCUCCUCUUGGAUCGCUUAUUGCCGACUCUCGCGUACACGAAUCACCGGUUACAAGCGCAAAGUCCUUGGUUCCCCAUCUGAGAAGCUCUCUGGUGACAUACCCCGAGCCAAGUUCUCUAACAUCUUCUUCAGUGAAAUUAUCGGCCCAUUGGUGCUUGUUGCUGUGACUCUCAUUCCAUACCUCUUCAUCAACGCUCAGACUGGUGUUCGAAAGGAAAACAACCCCGAUCAUAAGAUUCAGCCAACCAACUCCCUUAUCCGUGUUGGUCUUGUUGCUCUUGGCCCUAUCGCACUCAACGCAGGUGUCUGUCUUGGUAUGUUCGGCAUGGCCUGUUGUAUGGGCCCCAUUCUCAGCAUGUGCUGCAAGAAAUUUGGUGCCGUCCUCGCUGCCAUUGCCCACGGAUUCGCUGUUGUCGGCCUCCUCAUCUUCUUUGAAAUCAUGUUUUUCCUUGAGGGCUUCUCUUUCAGUCGUACCCUUGCUGGAAUGAUUGCUGUCACUGCCAUCCAGCGAUUUGUCUUCAAACUAAUCAUUGGCCUUGCCCUGACAAGAGAAUUCCGACAAGAUGACGCUAACAUUGCCUGGUGGACUGGUAAAUGGUAUGGUAUGGGUUGGCAUUCGCUGUCUCAACCUGGCCGUGAGUUCCUUUGCAAGAUCACUGAACUCGGCAUGUUUGCUGCUGAUUUCAUCCUCGGCCAUGUCAUCUUGAUUCUCAUGCUUCCGGCCUUGUGUAUCCCAUACGUUGACAAGGGUCACUCCGUCAUCCUCUUCUGGCUCAGACCAAGUCGUCAAAUCCGACCUCCAAUCUACUCUCUCAAGCAGUCGAAGCUUCGCAAGCGCCGUGUCAUCCGCUUUGCGAUUCUAUACUUCACCAUGUUCUUCCUCUUUGCCAUUGUUAUCGCCGGCCCUCUAAUCAUGAAGACCCUCAAGAUCAGCCUUCCAGAUAUCCCUCUCCAGUUGUUGCAACCUAGUGGACUUAACAACAAUGACACCAGCUCCAGCCAUACUGGAAAGGCUGCUACCGGUGGCGCUGGCGCACAGAACACUGAAGCUGCCAAGCUCUUACGCUUCUAAAGACAAAACAGCAGCUUAAAAUAUAUCUUCUUUUCCCGCCAUUUCGUGUCACCCACUCGCCCUGCAGUGUGCCAUCUGCUGGUGGAGGUGCGCUGAACCAAAACAAAAGCAAAAAAGAUAAAAAAAAAAUGAAAGAAAAAGAAAAAGAACAUGUUACGAACAAAGCUUGCCCGGGCUGUAGGCGAAAAUAAACACCUCAUUAUGUACGGUAUUUCCUAUCCUCUCUUAUCUUGUUAUUUUCCCUCCUGCCUUUCGCAUUUUGCAUUUCUCGCCACCUCUAUAAUGGAAUGAAACGCUCCUCUAGUGUGUUUUUAGUUGUCUCCUUUUUCCCCAAGAUGUGGAGUUGGAUUGUGUCAGUUUUCUAUCUUUUCCUACCCCUUUCGAACACCCCCCCCUUUAUUGAUCAAACACUCCGUGGGCUUUUGGCCUUGUAUUAGACUAAUGUUCUAUCUUCUAUCAUGGUAUUGGGGGUCUGUAUUUUCCUUUCUUUUUUCCUUCUAGCUUGAAUAGUACGUAAUUCGAACAAAAACACUACAUUUAGCAUAUGAUAUUCAGGACUCAAUUGUAUCUAUCUAGUCUAUACCUCCUCUUUCUAUCAGUUUAGCAUUUAAGCACUUUUGUACAGAUAUACAAGCUGUCCGGGUCUCUAACUUGCCGAUGGUUGAUAUGCGAUAUCCAUUACAUACGAUUUUCACCGUUCCACGACUAGAAUCUCAGAACGGGCUGAUGAGUCAGGGGCUCAACAUAUUAUGACUUGAUAUGAGGUUAUACGGUCCAUUUACUCGGGAUUUACAACUUGCGAGCGCCCCGAGAAACAACCAGGGCAUCAACUUUCGGUGACCGUAAGCUCAUCAACGGAAUAAUUAACCAAUUGUUACCCAUCCGAGCAUCCCGGUUUGCCCUGCAGUUGUGCUAUAUAAACAGUUACUCAUCAUGGCUCCUGUCUUGUCUCAAAAGCUCCAGCUAUGGAACCAUGGCAGUAAGUGACUACCUGAAGCCUAUUUGGUACAUCCGGUUAUUCAAGCACUGGCCGGAACACCUUUCUAGGUUACUUUAAUAUCUUCUCUCGCGAGACCCGUGUAGAAGGAUUGAAAAUCGCCUAUCAAAUCCGAGAGGCGGCCACAUAUACGUUUGUUUAAGGAACUAACCGACGCUGUCAUUGAGAUAUCACCGAUAACCAGGAAAAAUAGAAAUAUUAAGUCUACCUACCAAUGGAUACGACUGAAGUUGAAACCCAGCUGAAGCGUUGCUGGUCUUACCUUUGCAGAGUAGCAAUUAUCAAUGCUACCUUUUGCUUUUAGUGGGAGCAGGAGCUUUUGAGACGACCUGCCAUCUGCUCGCUAUUCUGACAAUGACUUAAACAUUAAGAUGAGCCCCAGGUAGAGACAAUGAUUUUGAUAUCUUCGGAGACGAUCACUUAAGGUUAUGACCCGUUCAUCAGCCAAUCAGGUCUUCCGGAGACAGAAUUCUUCCAUGGGUCAAUGAUAUUAUGGACAAAUAUUCAUCUCUCCUACAAAAUAAGGAAUGAAACAAAUACAGAAGCUUAACUCUAUCAAUAUCGUUCAUUAGCAGCUGCUAGUUAGUUAAUUUA